AGAAAAAGGAAAAUGGGAGGAGAGAGGGAGGAGGAAUGGACACUGUGUAAUUUAUCAUUAUUUUAUUAUGUCAACGCCUCUCUUUCUGUGUUGCUUUUUCUUGCUCUCAUGGUGUUACUCACUCACACUUCUCACAGAGGCGACAUAAAACCAAGUAGAGGAGAAGAGUCUCACUGGAUCCACUCAAGUUUUCUCACACACGCUAUGAGAACAUGGACACUUCCCGACUUCUCCUCCUCGUUUACAUGGUGAUAACCACAUCUGAAUGUUCAGAGACAGCAGAGCCCGGAUGUGACCUUGACACAAUCCCUUACAACGUUCAUGAAGGGGAGGCGUUUAAGUGUGUGCAUGACAAUCUCGACCCUAACGUGCCUGAUGAAGAGAUCACAUGGUUCAAUAAUAACCAGACUGAGAUCACUGCUGACGAAAAUGAGACCGUGCAUUACCACGGUGGAUCUCUCUUUUUCUUAAACCUUCUCCCCGAGGACUCUGGAUUGUACAGCGCCCGGCAUAACACAUCAGCAGGGAAGUGUAGAAACUACAAAAUAAGAAUUAACGUCCACAAGAAAUUCGUCUACCAACCUAUCGUUAACUCUGACAUUGACAAAAAGGUCACAUGCCCAAAUCAUGUCCGCCGCACAUGUGCCACAUUGAUAGGAGAACUCACCUGGAACAAGGACAACAAGACCCUUCAUGGUCAAAAUGAAAAAACUCUUUGGGUUGCAAAUGCUAAUAAAACGGACGAGGGAAUCUACACCUGCGUUUGCACCUGGACACACAACGGCAAGAAGUACAACACUUCAGGACAUAGGAGUCUAACAGUUCAAGGAGACAAGGUGUCCUACCGUAAAUUAGAGAUCAUCUCACCGACCAACGAGGAGCAGCUUGCUGAUGAAGGUGUUGGGAUCAAGCUAUACUGCAAAGUUUACUGCGGGAUCAACAUGAAGCGUGACUGCAAUGCUUCCUGGGAAGCUAACGGAGUCUCUGUGGACAGGAUUGAAGGAUACAGUCAAGUUGUCAUCAAGGAGCCUUCAAUUAAUACCAUCUUCACUGCAGUCCUGACCAUCGAAAAAGUGUCUGCUAAGGAUUUUGCGGCUGAAUUUAAAUGUCUAGGCAUCGGCUCCUACGAAAAAUUGCAUGCUAACUUAAUCCUGAAGAGGAGAGAGUCUAUAAUCCCCCUGGUCACUAGUGGAGUGUGUGUGUUGUCGCUGUGUGUGUUUGCCGCCGUGCUGAUCAAGUGCUUCGCUAUCGACCUCGCUCUCUUUUUCAGACCAUUCCUCCCAAAAAGCAGUUACAAGAAAGAUUCGAGGGUGUACGAUGCCUACGUUGUGUACCAAACGCAGAGCAUGGACAAGGUCACUGAAGACUCCCUCUCUCAGUUCAUCACAAAGACUUUGCCCUCCGUCCUCGAGGGAAAGUGCGGGUAUCGACUGUUCAUCCACGGGAGGGACGACAUACCCGGGGAAGACCGCCUGGAGCUGGUGGAGGACCGCAUGCAGCAGAGCAGGAGGCUGAUGGUCCUCCUCACCCCGGGGUCAGGACCAGAGAGCAAGGAGGAGACUCUCACCCCGCCUCGAGACUCACUGAUAGGAGGAUUUGACUGUCAGGUGGGCCUCCAUCAUGCGCUCCUUCAGAGGGAGAUGAGUGUGAUCCUGAUCCAGCUGGGGGCCACGGGGCCUCAGGGAUACUCUCACCUCCCCGCUGGCCUGCAGCACCUGAUCCAGAAUAGCGCCCCCAUCAGGUGGCCCGAGGGGUCGCGAGGAGCCGCCGCCUCGAACUCACGCUUCUGGAAGAGAGUUCGAUACCUGAUGCCUGCCAUACCGGCCAGAAAACAUCCUCCGUCUGCCAUCAUCUGAGACCAGAGGAGUAGCUUUGGAUCUUCAUGUAAUGAUAGAUAUGCAUGAGCUCCUAAAAGAGACCAAACCAGUCCAAUCCUGUUUGUAAAAAAACUUUUCAGAAAGAAAUGUGUUAUUUUCACGAGUACUUUAACACAGGAAAAUAAUUUGAAUUGUAUUUGUUUUGGUCAACAGCAUACAGUACAGUUAUUCUAUCAGAGCAUGUAUCAAAAGUAGGUAAACGCAUCUUCGCUUUAUAGAAAAAUAGGUAGAGUAACAAUGUAAAUACUUGAAAAAGCAACUUCACAUAAUUUCUGUGACUGUUUGUGUGUUUUUUAUUUUAAAUGUAUUUAUUGUAUUUUGUGCAUCCCCUUUUAUUUCUACUGUAGUUACUGUAUUUUUAUGAAAAGAAAGCAACUGUGUUUGUAUACAGAACAGGUUGUUCUUUAAAAAUGUAUGAUUAGAACGUGGCAGGCUCCUCCGGUGUUGUUGAGAGCACAUUGAGAUGCUUUGGCAACAGAAACAAAAAGUAUAUAUACAGAGUAUAUACUAUUAAUAUGAGUAGCUGUUUUAGUUUUUUAUUAGUUUUUUUCUUCUGUUUGUUGGCUUAUUCCUAUAAAAGAAUGUCUCUAUUAAUUUAGAAGAUGCUCAUUGUUUCUUGUAUAAUGUCCAUUGUUAUGGAUAAGUGUAAUAAAGAAAGUGUUUUCCUUUGUGUUGGAGAAAUAA